CUGGGGUGCCGUCAGAGCCGAUUCUCUUUCCUAAGGGCGCCCAUUUCAUCUCCCCUCUUCCUCUCUGCCUGUCCUGACCUGUUCUGUCUUGUCUUGUCCUGUCUUGAGCGCAAGCGGACCAUCUCACAACCCAUAGUGAACCGACGAAGACCAACCGCUAGCGUUGCCCGUCUGCGAUUCUGAGACAACACACCAAGCCCCCCCUCACCCCGGUCACUUCGAUUCCCUCACAGCCAAUCCCUACUCCACGGUGCCUUGCAAUUGCGGUCCGUAAUUACAGAAAUCCCGCCCAAUAGAUCCUCCCGCACGGCAGCCACCCCCCCCUGUUCCUACACCCGGCACUCAAACUCGAACAGGGACAGCCCACAUGGCCUGUCGAGUGUUUCGCCAGCCCUGGCCAUAGUAGCGAGUUGCACGAGCCGGCCUGCUUCCCUCUCCCCGAAGCGUUCGUACCUACUCACUGUGAGAGAGAGACAAGUCGCUGCUCCCAAAAGGCUGAGGUCUCUCCAAGUCGGGCGGCGAGUCCGCCGGCCUUUGUGCCAGUUCAACGCCACGAUCCGCCUAGCCAGAGCCCGGUUACUCUCACCGUCGACGCCUCCGAGAUUGGAGCUGCGCGCGGGUCUGACGGAAUUGCCAGAGGGGCUUUUGUCCGCCAGAUCGAGAACAGUACCAGCCGGGAGUCCACCGAAAAUCCCACCCAAGUUCUUGUUCUGCUUUACCCUCUGAGGUCAUUCAAAUAGCCCGGGAGCACCCUGGUUUCAUUCAACUGGGCAGACCGCGCGACCAGGGGACCUUCUGCCAUGACGGUCUAAUUUAUUCUCUCACCCGCGCUACUGCUUCAGCUUGAGAAUCCUGCAGCCGACCUCCGUUCAGGACCGCCGCCUCGAGACGGCCCCCCCAGUUUCCGUCCGAGGUUCAUAUUUAGGAGUAGACGGCGACCUGGAAGAAACUUCAACCUCCCCCCCCCCCUCCAGCACGCCCGGUUCUGGACCCCGAACGCCUGACGACCAUCUCAACCUCUAACGCGCAUCUGGUCACUUUCAAUUCCUCCGUUACCUCGCCUGUUUCCGACCCUGGAACCGUACCUGCGUUACCGUCUUGGGUCCUGCGUGCCCGCUUGUUUCUCUAAGCGCCCGCCAGUCAACGAACGACCUCGCCCUUCCUGACGGCCAUCACGGCGCUUCCACGCGCAUCUCGCCCUCUCCAUUGGCCGACCGCCCCGUCCCCCCAAUCUCAAAUCCGCCUCGCCUCUGCUUACUCGGGGCUGCUCUGCGUCUAUCCAGACAGGAUGGGACUGCUCCUGGCGUUUCACUGAUAUCGUUUUCGACUGCGCUGUCCCAACCAACGUCGGCCAAGUCGACUUACACGGCGGCGGCCGGGCCAACGUGCAGCACCAAGCCGCCCCCAAUUGCUCCAACGGCAUAACGCGACAGGGCAUUCCAUUAGUUGAGACAUUCUUCCCCAGACUCUAUUUCAGUCGGGCUUCUGCCCUUCCCUCUCUUCCAGUCAUGGACCCUACUACGACGCUCUUUACCUUUAUGCUGUGAGUAUUAAAUUUUGCCGACCUUUGGGUUGUUUACUUGGCUCGCUUUCGUUGUAUAUACUCUCUCCCUCCCUCUCGCCGUGUGUGUGUCACGUUCGCUGGUCGAUACCGGAAACUUUGGCGUCGUUUUCGCUCCCGCCCGGCGAGAUCGAUCAUCUCCGUUCGAACACGCAUGAUUGUACGUUUGGCCAGUAACCACCCUUCGUCUCAUCAUCCACGACACCAGCCUCUUGCUCCGUCUUACGACGUCGGAACGUACCAGGCGCACGAAAGUUCGUCGCCUCUUGUUUCCACAACGGGUUGGGGAGGGCAAAUCGGGGACCGGCGCCGAAGGUUGUUUUUUGGCUUUGCCUAACCGUUUGCUUGGGCUCAUGUUUCGAACAUUGUCGGAUGGAAAAGUUUAUAUCUGGCUAUGCUAUGCCCUACGUCCCCGACCCUGGCCUGCGCCCGUUCCUCCCCCUCACCAAAGCCCAACGGCAACCUUCCGAAAACUCCGUCAAACAUCUGGCAAAGCCAAAAAGGUCGCCGCCGACGUCGAUCGGCACCUCGUCCGCUCAUGGGCCAGGACAGGGUGCCGGGUUUGAGCUUUGGCGUAAGCUUAGUGGCUGAUGGGCUUGGCCUCGCAUCACGGCUUACACCUCUCGAUUUAUAUAACCCCCCCGAGGGAGCCUCAUCCAUUCUUGCUAACCACUAUGGGCCUUUUAGUCAAACGCAUCCGACUGUAAGAUCCGUACAUUUGGUUGGUUCCUGGGACAACUUCUCCAAGCCUUACACAAUGGAACGAGACAUUCGACGAGAUCACGGCCAGUGGCGCGGGUGCCACACCUUCAAGGACAUUGUUCUGGACGACGAGCUCGGCGCGAAGGACUCGAAGCGUGACGGCGGGCUGAAGAUGGGGCAGACCUACUACUACUACUACGAGCUUGACGGCACUCAGGAGAGCUACAACCCGGCGCAGCCAAGCACCACCCAGUGCCCUUAUCUCCCCGGCCAGACUGUCAACACGUUGGACGUGCCGAGCGAGAUGGCCGAACGCAAGCGAAGCGCGUCCUUGGGCUCGCUGCGCAACAGCGAGUACAGGACCAUGAACCCCAACGACAAGUUUGUCACCCCUCGACCCCCGCCACCAGUUCCGGGCGGUCAGCUCCGCCGCCUUGGAUCCGCGCCCGCCGCGCAGCCCCAGAGGGCGUUUUCGCGAUCCGGGUCCACAUCCCCUCCUCCGUCGUGGCGCCGCAUGUUCAACAGGAAGCAGUCGACAAGCCGCUCCACCGAGCGCGGCCGGCAGUACGAGGACGAGGAGCGGCCCGUCUCUCCCUAUUCACACUCGGACGACAGCAGGAGCACGGCAUCAUCCGACGGAAGCCGGACUCGCGACCUCUCCCCGGAGUCCCUGAGACGGUUUCUCUCCGACGACAACCCGUUUGCCGGCGCUUCCCCCAGCCCCUACGGACGGCCCACCGUCGCCAUCCCUGAUGACAUUGCCGAGGAGAACGACGAUGACGAGAACUUUGCCAACUCGGCGCUCUCCGAGAUCAACCCGUACACGACCAGCCUGUCGCCACCGCCCUUCAAGCGCUGCCAUUCCGACAGCACACUUCCCAGCGUCAACCGCGCCAAGGUCCUCACGCGCGAGAAGAAGUACUCGCCGCUUCCUCCGCUCCCGGUAAAGGAGUUGCGGGAGCUGGAGAGUGCUCCACCUGCCUCCCGCUUCUCCUUCUCGUCCGACUCGAGCGUCGCCUCCUCGGUCGGGCCCGUCUCUCCCGAGGACGACAUCCCCUCCUUCUACGACUCGGCCGAGGAGGAUCGCUACUCUAACGAGAGCGAUGCCAACUACGUUCAGCCCCUGUCGCUGCCCAGCACGAGAAAGCCGUCCCUGGAGCAGAACUACAGCUUGCCCCGCGCGCCCGGCAUCAAGCGGCAUCCCCGUGUUCAGCCUGUUGUGGCUGCUCCUCCCGACCACGGCCUCAACGACCUGGUCAACGAGAUGGGCUGGAUGGUGGACAUCAUCCGCGGCAAGGGCAUCUAGGCAGAUUCACUGGUCACAUACACGAACGACCCACAUCUUCCGCCGUACAUAUUGGAAUCUUAGCACAAGCAAGGUCACUUAGACGGCAUUCUUCAGCAGGUUAUACAAAAAGCAGCAUUACAUCCAAGCCCCCUUCACCUUUAGGGUUCGAGGGCAGGGCAACAUUUUGGUGGCUCAGGGCCACCACAAGCAGUUCAACAUGAUACGGAUUUUCGACGGAGUACUGGAGGAGAUAUACCCAUUUCAUUCCCCUUCUUCUUCUUCUUCUACUACUACUACUACUACUACUA